AUGGAGUUUGACUACUUACGUCCGUCCAAGUCCUUAGACUUCGGUAGAGAUGGUUUUACGGGGUCCCUGUCCGUAUGGCACGAACUUCUGCAGCUUACAGUUCCCGACGAACAAUGUGGCGUUGUAUUCGUUCGUGGUGACUUUCCGGAUAAUGGGGAAGCAAUCUUGGCCCGAGCGCAAAGACGCAAUCAAAAGGGUACUUUCGGAUUAGAACUGCUCAUCCCAGAGGAGGCCGAAUAUGUUCUCGAGCGCACGCCUGCUCAAGGAAUGGUUAACCUGAGGUGGCCAUACACGAGGUUCAACUUCGUGAAAAGGGUCGAUUCACUUGGCUCGGUGGUAUUCGCAACUUUUACGGCUUGCUCUUUCAUCAAGGACAAAACUCUUUACCAAAUCCUCCGGGUGGCCCCUCAGUCCUUUUCCACCUCUGAGUCUGCCCUGAGUAAUGGAUCCAUCCCAGAAUCUGCAAUAAACAGGGGGUUAGACCUUGAUCUUGGCGGUACCGUCCACAUUGGAUGUUGUUGCGAAGACAGGGAUGCUUCGACAUUUGCAGGUCGAACUGCGACAUUCUACGACAAUUACUCGCCUUGUAAGCCCCCAAGGGGAGUCAAGAGCUAUGUCAUGGCUUGUGAGAGUGCUUGUCACCAACGAAGGCUUGAAAUGAGACUCUGGGUUAAUGGACAGCCCACAGAGUUGACUCACGAUUUGUCGAAUCCCUCCAGGAUACAGCAACUUGGAGAGAGCAAUGAGAAAGGAGGUGCUACAGCAGUGUGGAGACUUCAUACCGUCACCAAUGUUGAAUGGACUAGGACUGAGCCCAUUUCGGCCGUUGCUUCCUUUUCCCUUGUGGACAGCAAGAUACCGCUUUACUUUCAACCAAUGGACGUGAUAAAAUCUGCUGACAUCCGCGAUUAUCUCGGAUAUUCCAAAGACUCAAUGAACGCCCCAUACCGACUCUGGUCACAAAUGCUACACCAGCCACCAAGCCCUCGAGCUUUCGAUCUCAACGUCAUCGGCAGAACAGUGGAGAACAUUAUAGGACUAUCGUCCGUUCCCAUGCAGAACGAGGUCACCGUCUCAAACAAGCGGGAUGGAACAAAAGCGGCAGAUUUGUCCCCUGUCCAGGUAUCCUCAGUUGAUCCAAGUUUUCCAAAUGACAGUCGGACGGAUUCAACGCUACGACUGCCUGGCUCUCGAAGUGGGCUUUCUCAUCUUGUCCGGAAGCGGAGCGAGAGCUCGAUAAUCAAAACCAACAUCGCUCUUAUCGGAAAUAUUGUCACACGGCAAGUAGUCGACCUCGAAAGUCUCUUCUGGCAGGUACGCGUGCUCAUAAAAGCCACUCAAUUUGUGCGUUUGAAUACAGAACAAAAGGAAAUCGUCGAGCGAAACCCAACCUGUGAGGAGAUGCGCUUAGGUUAUCAAACUUUCCUAUUGGAGCAUUUACGAGGCGUCUGUUCAUGGGUUCUUAGCGUUGUGCCUGUUAUCUCCAGAUCGAACCUUCAACAGCCGUGGAUAGGAAUUCUGGCUUGUGAUAUCCUCACGGCUCCACGGUCCAGUCGAAAUUGCAAGCUUACCUCAGAGCAAUGGCAAGCGCUAAUGACAAAAGACGAGAGCAGAAAGGUUGAACGUCUUCGUCAAGAGCCACGGGUAAAGAGCCAACAAUGGUACUGCGCAUUGAUCGUCUGGUACAUGUGGGCUCAAUGCUCCGAGAUAUUUGAGCGAGAAGAUAUACGGUCAAUGGUCCUGGACAGUCUACCUUUCUUGGACGCUAUUGGAAACAACGACAAUCAGGUUGGUACUGAAGGUUUUGAGAAUCCGCACAUCUGUUUCCUUCGAUGGUACCACAGCCAUUCGGUCAACAAAAUCAUUCAGAAAUUACAGGAGAAUCCCACCAAUCGUGCUUCUACUUCUCGCGUUGACUGUUCCAAGCAUAAGGACUGGGCUGAACACUGGCAAGUCAGGGCCGAAAGGGCAUUGCGGCUAUUUGGACAGGGCCGCCUGAUCAAUCAACACCUUAGUCAUGACGUGGCAAAUCUUGCCCUCGUGGGCAAAGAGAUACAGAUCGAAAGGCGCGCUCUUGGCUUGCAAGGGGAAUCCUGCCUCCAAUAUGCCCAAGAUUUGAUAAAACGUCGACAGGAGACGAAAGAACUCAAUCCUGGGAAAGCCUUGGUCAGACGAUGGGACGCAAUUCACAAUCACGCUAUCCGAUCAUCAAUGCCCCGACCCGCACCUUGGGAAUCCAAUUGUCUCGAACAUCAUGUCCCAGUGAACCUUGACGUAGCACCUUCUGUUGAGGAAUGUAUGGAGGCAUGCAAGGAAUUCUUGCUAUCCGAUUAUACAUUCGCAGCGGACUUCGACGCGAGUAACCCCGAGACUGUGGCCCAGUGGUGGGAUAUGAAAACGUCCAGUAUCAUAUCUUGGAAGAUCUUGGAUGGACUCAUGUCCGAAAAUAAUGCAGCAAAAGCCACCUUUAGCCAACUCGCCAAGGCCGAGCGUAAGAUUGCCGACAAGCCUUCAAAGAUUGAGGAAACCAUUCAGACACUUACCGAAUGCAUUCGUCAAAGACUUCCUCCAGCCGAAGAUAUAGUAGGCUACUCCUGGAGGAAGAGGCGCCCGAGCCUGCUGUAUCACGCUGAUGCUGCUGUCCAAUCCUUAGAGGAUACCCCCCAGGUGUAUGAUCAGAAACAGAAAAGCGUCACCGUUCGAACGCAUAUCGGAAAAUACUUUAAAGAUAGUGCCAUCAACCUCGAUUUUGGAAUGGUCGAGAAGUACUUCCAACGUCAGGGAGUGGAUAUCUGUUCUGGAGACAUGACACAGUUCUUCGGAGAAACCAUGCCAUCCAUCCAUCCUGCUGCGCUCCAAAAAUUUUUCGACAAAAUCAGCAUGCCAAUUUCUAAAGAGAUGCUGGAGCGCUUUUUUGAGAAAAGUGGCAUGGCAGUCCAUCACCUAUGGACUUUGGAUAAUAUGAAGCAAAUCAUCCCACCGCAGAAGCUCCGGCACCUCAGUUGCUUUGAUUUCACCCUCAAGGCUGACGGCGGAGACGCCCCUGAAAUUGGAGUAACCGCUGGCAUCGGAAGAGCGAACCUGGUCGAUGAGAAACCCUGGGUUGGGCUAGGUGAAGAGGCAAAAAAAGAUCAGAAGGACAAAAUGAACAAACAGGAAGAAUCUGCUCUUUUGACCCUUUACUUCCUAGGCCAGCACAAGCUGUACCCAGGCUAUGAUACAUUCCCAAAACCUUUCAGACAAUUCCUUGAACGGAGUUGCAUCAGGAAGAAGUGGCUCGAAAGCUAUCAGAAAGAAGUCUUUGAGGUAUUGAAUGACAGCUUGGUCGACUUAGGAACGAAAUACCGACUACUGCAAGUCUCCAUGCAUAUCGUUCAGACCGACAUCGCUGACAAAAAUACCAGGUUCGUAAGACGAAUUUGUCCAGAAAUCAUUCUAGCCAUGAUCUUCAUGUGGCACACCGAUGCUCUUGACGCUAUUGACGACAACCUAGGUGUGCUCUCUCAUUUCGUCAACACAGAGAAUCAGCUACCAACCGGAGAGGGCGUAAUGUGGACCACAUCCGUUACAAUUUCACUUUGGCGCCUGCAGGAUGAUCUGGAGAGCAAGAUUUGCGACGUGGAAGACGAUUUCGAACACAACGAGAAAAAAAGAAGACUCAAUUACGAUCGCGAUGAAUCUGCGAAACAAAGCUGGAUGACGAGGAUGAGAUUUUGGGAUCCAUUUCCCGCAUUCGGAACGCGAGGCGCGGCCAACAAGAGCGCCAAUGAAGUGGCUCCCGUGGCUCGCAUCACCACAUUCCCUCCCAAAAGCGUUUCUGACCAAAGGAAUAUAGUCGAUAAUCGGUUGUCAACAAUUCGUGAGCUGUCGAUCUCGCUUGUCAUCUCAGGUGACAGAAUGGGGCGUUUCUGGAUAUGCUCAGUAAUAUCUGAAUUGUUUGACGAGGCAGAGGUCAAAGAAUACAGCAACGAGAUCAAGGAUAUAUUGCAGAUGUUCAUCCACCAACAAUACACUGGGAGGGUGUUGGCAUUUCUGCUACUUCUGGGCCAUAUGUGCGAGUCCCUCUCGAAGGAAUGCGACAAAUUUGCAGAUCAGAUGGACCAUAUCAUGGGCAUGAAUCCGUUAGUGUUGUUGAAAGGCCUCGAGUGGAGAAAGUCAGACGCUGCCUUGAAGAAACUCAAGCAAAUGCUUUGGGGAUUCGAAGCGCUCCGAAUUUUCGACGAAAAACUUGAAAGGGCACUUGAUGAGAUCAACCAAGCAAAAGAAAAGAUGGACUCUGAAUUGAAAAGAGGCCGCGAUAUCCGUCACAAAGACAUGAAGCGGAAUGUCGAGCGGGUGGUUGAAGACUUUGAGAAGAGACGCAAAAGGCUCGAGAACCUGCACAAUGUCAUCAAACAGCGUAUUGACCAAGUUGCAAAGCUUCGCGAAGGGAUCUCCUCUGUUCGCGGUGUGGAGCAGAACGAAAACAUCAGCAUGCUCACUUGGGUCACAAUUACAUAUCUUCCUCUCGGCUUCGUAGCAGUAGGGACUUCGGGUGUCUUCAGUAUGGGACAUGGCAUAGUCCCAGACUCCGCUGGCUGGGGAACAUUUAUGUGGGCUUUGGCGGUGUUCCUGGUCGCCACCCUCAUAUUUGUGAAGAGCCUACAACUCAUCAAGCGGGGUUUCCGAAUUGUUUGGCCUAGGCAGAACAUUCUCCCUGGCCACGUCGCGGAGGCUUCAAGGGCGGCCGGCAAUCUUUUCCAAAUCAAAAAUCUCAGGCGUCGUAGUAGCACGAGACUGAACGACGUGGAACAAGGGUUAGGUUUGUUCCCGACUUGGGUAUAA